AACAAAUCCCGGCGUGCCCCUGGGCGGCCUGGGGUGGAGGGUUCUAGAAGGCGUGACGUGGGGUCGCAGCGGGCUCCGAGGCGGGAGCCUCUCGGCCGCAGCUGCCGGGCCUGGGGACGCGGGUGGCGGUCGCAGCUUCCUGGUCUCGCUGGCCAUGGCCGCGCUCGGCCGGCCCUUCAGCGGCCUACCCCUAAGCGGCGGCUCGGACUUCUUGCACCCGCCGCCGGCCUUCUCCGGCCGGGCCUUCCCGCCCGAGGCGGACGGCGCCGAGCCGGCCUCGCGGCCGGUACCCCGCCCACUCCCCAGCAGCCCCGGGGGGAGCGCGGCGCGUGGACGUGUUUCCGCUCACUGUAAAAAGAAACACAAGCGAGAGGAGGAGGAGGAUGAGUAAUUGUCCAGUAAGAAAGAAAAGGCUAGCUGAAGCAGAACUCUGUGCUGGUCCUAAUGACUGGAUUCUUUGUGCACAUCAGGAUGUAGAAGGUCACGGAGUAAAUCCCUGUACUAGUAGCCUUUCUGUACCUAGCAUGUUAGAUGUUAUUUGUGAAGAAAUGGAUCAGACAACUGGAGAACCACAGUGUGAACUUGCCCGAAGGAGGCUUCAGGAGAUUGAGGACAGGAUAAUUGAUGAAGAUGAAGACGUUGAAGCUGACAGAGAUGUUCAUCAUCUCCCUAGUCUUGUCCUUUCUGAUCCUGUGAAAACAAGUUUGAAGAGAGAAUUUGAUGAAGUCUUUACAAAGAAAAUGAUUGAGUCCAUGAGCCGUCCUUCCAUGGAGCUUGUGCUCUGGAAACCUCUCCCUGAACUCCUUUCUGAUAAGCCAAAGCCAUCAUCUGAUGCUAAGAACUACGCAGGAGAGAGCCAAACUAAGCAUGCAGCUGCUGGCACUGCCUUCCCUCAGAGAACUGAAUUGUUCUUGGAACCUCGGCAAACAGGGAUGUCUCUUUACAAUAGUUUGGAGACUGCUGCUAGCACAGAAGAAGAGAUGGAACUCUAGAAACCAGUUUCUACACUAAAGUUGUCAAAUUUUAGAAGACUCCUGUGUUGUCAUGAGCCUACUUGCGUAGUUAUAGGGACUGGAAAGUUUUAUGAAACGGGUGUAAUAAUAUCACCACCUGUGAUUUGGGGUGGGACUCUCAUUUUGGGUAGCCAUUUAUUCAACUUUUUGCCAAGGAAGUUUGUCUCAAGAGAAGGGUAGUUUUCCAUGGGGGUUAUUAAAGAAAUGUUGCAUUAGAGUCUCUUCAAAGGCAAGUAUAGAAACUGUGGAAGGGUGACUUGAGUCAUCUUGUCAUGUUGUCUAAACUGUUCAGACACUUGGAGAAUUUUCUCCUUGUGUUGAAAAGAUGAUUAAGAAGGAAGGAUUCUCUUACUACAGCUGUACCCUGACAGUUACGUCACAGCUUAAUCUGUAGAUACGAGCUGUUUACAGUGGUGAGAUUAUAACUGGGGAAGAGGAAAGAAGAAAGCAGUCACUUAAGUCUAUUGCUCAGAAGUUUAACAGAGGCCCUGAAACUUGUAAAUUAGUUGUCAGUUUAUUAUAGCUGUGUUGAUUAAGUAGCCAGUAGCAUUGUGGCGCUCUGCCUCUGAAAAUGUAUUGAAAAUACAAAGAAAAUUUUUCUCCUUCAAGGUUUUUUUGCCUUGUGGCACUUUUGCUCCUUGGUUUCCCUUGCAGUCAUUCAGUAAUGUUUACAACUUAAUUAACUUUGAUAGUUUAAAAGAUUAUGAGGUAACUCAUCUGCAAAUUGCCUAUGGGGGAAGCAUCUUUAGGUAAUCCUGAGGAAGUGCUUUGUCAGCAAAACUCAGCAUUGAAAACUUCUGUAUUUUAGGAAAAAAAGGUUGUAUGAGCAAGUUGCAUUUUUUAAAUGCUAAUUUAGAAAACAGUAAAUAAUUAGCUUAAAAUAUAUGGGCAAGUGACACUGAAGUUUACUGAAAUAGCCAAUUUGAACUAUUGUGCAGUCUGCCUAGAAGUUAGUGGAGAAUAGCUUCCUGCUAACAGGAAAUCAUCUAGAGUACUUAAAUCGGGCUCAAGUUGUCCUUUGGGGAUACCAGAAUUGAAAUUUUUAGUUUCUCAGAGUUCUUCUGUGUGGCAAGGACUUCUGUGUGGAAAAGUAAAACGACACUUCCUUUAUUGCUAUGGAAUAUCCAGUGUAAGUUAUUAAAUGAGUAUAAUAGUAUAAUACUGGCCCUUCCAUCACACAACAGGAGACCAUCCCAGUUCUUUUUGUUUUAUUUUCUGGGUUCCUUUCUCCUUUGGAGGGAGUAGAUAACCUUUUGUAGGAAAAAAAUGGUUUAUGCUAAGUAGAGGUGAAUUUUUAGACACCAGCCUCCAGGCAUUUUUGAAACCCAUACUGAAAUCCCUCCCCUUGUUACAGAUGGCAUAGAAGUCACAAGUUGUUAAUUGGACUGUUUCUUCUUUUGCCUGUUGUACCUGCUUUCUCUAUUUCUGUCUGUAUAGUCAGGAAAAGAUUUAAUGUUUAAUAUUUAAACAAAUAUUUAAUAUCUACGCAGUAAAAUUAUUCAAACUUCAAACCAUUAUUGAAACCAGUUGGAAACCAGCUAAUAGUUUCUUAAUCUCAGAUUUAGAGAUGAAUGUAAACUGUAUUUUGUUGAAAUGUGCAAGUGUGUUUGAUUCAUGCCAUUUGAAAAACUACCGCUUUAAGUCAUUGUUUAAUGGGACCAACUUAAAGAAAUCUCCAUGCUAAAGAGUUUAUUCCAGUACAACUCAAAAACUUGAAGUGACUGCCUGGAUUUUGGAGUUACUUUUCGUGUUAGGAUGGAAAGAGAGAUGACAGCUUUCCAAAGAAGGACUCAAAGCAUACUACAAUUGGCCAUGUUUGUGUUCUAUGGCUAAUUGCUGGGCAGGCCUCUGCUUAAAGGUCUAUAUUGAUGGAAGAACAAAGAGUGCCAAAAUGAGGCUCUGAUACUAUUGGUAAAUAUAGGUGAGAAUUAAGAUUUUGUUAAUUAAAAUCCAAACAGCUUGUUUCAGGAGUGAAGUUAUUUGACAUAAUUAUUUUUGCAGGGAAGUGUAUGUUCAGUGUUUCUUUUUGGACUUCUUGCAUAUAUUUGUACAAAAGUUGUUUUUUUCAUCCUUGUUGGUGCUUAUUCAUCUGAGCCAUCUCCACAGUCCCGAUGCCUCUGCUUUUUGUUUUUCUUUUGUAGCAUAAGGCUUUUGCUUUUGCCUUAAGGUUUCCCUAGGGAAUUAACAGGGCUUUUCAUUUUGUAUGGUUUUUGCAGCAUGGAUCAAACAUUGGCUAUUAUGCUAAUGUGUGAAAAAAAUUAUAUAAAGCAGGUGAGCUUUAAUGAACAAAUGUAUAUUUUAUCUGAGUUUGAGUAGGAUGUGUGUGGUUUUUGUGUUUGAGGGUUGUUUUUAGUCUUUUUUUGUAAUAUGAAGUAAGUCUAUUUCUCACAGAUAUUAAUCACUUUAUAAGAAAACCUGCUACUCAGUCUUGAAAAGGUACAAAUGUAAAAUUUAGAAAAAUAACUAAGGUCGGGACUAAAACCCUGAAAAGAAUGUUUACCAGCAGGUUCAUUUAUUAUUUUGGAUCUAGAACUAGGCUUUGUUUUUUAAUAGUUACAAGAAUGGUUCGGUACUAGGAAAGUUCUGGAAGAUGUUGUUAAUUUUUCUCUAAAAUAAUUUGGUGUUUCUGUAUGUUACCAUUUUCAAUAAAACUUCUUAAGUGUUUUGGACUUUUUGAGAUAACUCAUAUUCCUGCACUUAAAUAAAUAAAAUCAGAUAUCUCCUUGCUUUUCUCUAAA